UGGGGCUGUUUCGAUAUCUUGAUCCGUCAGUUACACACUAUUUUGAAAAAUUUUAUUGAUCUUACUUCAAAAAUUUCGCUUAUAAGCUCAUAUUUUCAGGGCAGCCUCAAGCAAAAAUUGUAUGAACUCUGAUACGAUUCCACGGCCAUGGAUGAUGGCUUUGGCAGAAGAUAAGGACUCCUUACGCCGUCGUGUUUACUAUGCUGCCCGGGAUGGUAUGGCUAUAACUUUGUACGCUUUGCUUUCUAAUACACCACAAGAUGAUUUGCCUCUGUAUUUAGAACAUCCCGUCGAAGACGAAGGGCACAAGUGUACACCUCUCCUAAUAGCUGCCUUGAAUGGACAUGACAAUGUAGUGAGAAUGCUUUUGAAUCGAUUCAAGCCAAACAUUGAGCAAGAUGGUGUUGUGCAGAUGGAUGGCUACGUUAUCGAAGGAGCAACGGCGCUUUGGUCUGCCGCUGGUGCAGGUCAUUUUAAUGUUGUGAAAUUAUUAAUAACCCGUGGUGCUGAUGUAAAUCAUACAACAAAAACUAAUUCCACUCCCUUACGAGGCGCUUGUUUUGAAGGUAGAUUAGAUAUUAUUCAAUAUUUGGUCGAAAAUGGAGCCAAUAUUCAUAAGGCCAAUAAGUAUAACAACACUUGCCUGAUGAUUGCUUGUUACAGAGGUCAUCUAGAUGUUGUUACUUAUCUCCUCAGUAAACAAGCCGAUCCCGACGCAAAAGCCCACUGUGGGGCGACGGCCCUCCAUUUUGCUUCCGAACACGGGCAUCUAAACAUCGUGAAAAAGCUCCUCGAGCAUGGUGCGAAAAUCACGAAAAACAAAAUGGGGAUGACCCCGUUGCUGUCGGCAGCAGAGAAAACUAAAUCUGAAAUCGUGGAAUAUAUGAUCAGAGACUCUCUGUGUUCAAAAGAAGAGUCCGUAGAAGCUUUAGAGCUUUUGGGUGCCUCCUAUGCCAACGAUAAAGAUUCCUAUAGUUUAGAAAAAGCUUAUUAUUAUUUACACUGGGCCAUGUCCGAGCGUUGUGAUCAUCCCGAGUUCUAUGCUCCUAAGGUCUUGCUCCCUCCGAUUCCUGCUUACGAGAACCACGUGGAAUGUCAGACGUUGGAGGAGCUGGAAGCCAUCAAGAACGAUAGAGAUGCGAUCCAUAUGGAAGCAUUGGUGAUCCAGGAACGGAUCCUGGGAUCCAGCAACCCAGAAGUUCCUCAUCCGGUGAUAUUUCGCGGAGCUUUGUUCGCCGACAUCGGUCGCUUCGACCGAUGCGUGGAUCUGUGGCUGCAUGCCCUGAUGUUGAGGCACACGAACGAUAUGACCGUUCGUAAAGAUCUUUUGCGGUUUGCUCAAGUAUUUGCACAAAUGAUACAUCUGGGCGAAGAAGUCGCUUUCGAGAAAGUCAAGCAGGUGCUCGAAGUGACCCUGCGUGAGUUGACGAAAAAUCAACUCGCUCUCAAAGAUGCGGCGGAAGAUAACUACGAAACUGUCAUGGAGGAGCUGGAAGACAAUAUGUUCACGACGUUAUACCUGUUAGUUAUAGUUACUAAAAUCAUUAAAAAAUUAUCACCUAGUGAAGAAGAUUAUAUUUACAAAUUAGUUUAUCAAGUUAAUAAACUAAAUUUAAGGACUAGUGAUGGUUCGAGUCUGCUACAUUUGGCGGUCAAUACCGAUACGCCCGUAGACGAAUUCCAUACGAAAUAUGUUUGUAAAUUUCCUUGUGCAGCUACCUCUCGACUGUUGAUCCAGUGUGGUGCGGAAGUGGACGUUGUGGAUAAGGCAGGAAAUACUCCUUUGCACAUCAUCGUUGCUUACCAGAAACCCAUAACGGAUUUCAUGACUCUGCAUUCGAUUAUCACUCGAUUGUUAGAGGCCGGUGCCCACAUCGAUCGAGCAAAUAAUGAGGGUGAAUCGCCUUUCGAAGCAGUACUCACGGGUGUAGCAGAAAUAAUUCUCAAGUCUCAAAACCAUAUAAGUUUAAAGUGUAUUUCUGCUAAAGCUGUGAAAAAGUAUCAUAUACCUUACAAAGGAAUUAUUCCAAAAACUCUGGUAGCUUUUACAGAUAUGCAUGGAGUAUCCCGUAAGAAAAAAAUUCAAUGAGGUGGAUCAAACGAGCGUUGAUUUCAUAAACUGGAUGAAGGCCUGUGAUUUGAAAAGCUUCACUUUUAUUUGUUCAAUUUUACACAUUUCCCUGCUAACCCAAUUACUUCACUUGAAUGUAAUGAAUGUAACAAUAAAUCUUACGUGAAUUUCUUCCCUCAAUCUUCUUUCCGUUUAAAAUUAGAUUUGCUGUAAAA